GGCGAACCCCCCAAAUUUCUGAACCCGACUGGGCCGAACCCCGACAAAUUUCUGAACCCGACUCUCCUGACCUGACAAAUUUCUGAACCCGAUCGGGUUUAAUCACCGCGGACCCAUAAACCGACUCACCUCUGCUACAUAUCCCACACAAAACUGGAACAAAUACAAAAUUUCUUUCGUUCCACAAUAUAUAUUUUACCUUCCCAUGCAACAUUCCAUAUCGAUCUGAUAUCAGAACAAGAUCAUUCUAAGAUAUUGCCUGAUAUCAGGAAUCGAUUGUCAUAUUGAUAUCGGAACGACAUCAGUGAUCAAGUCUCCAGCACGUCAUUUACAUGAUUUAAAAACGACAUCAGUUUGCGAUAUCUAUAUGAUAUCGUAACGACAUCAGACUAUGAUGUCGUUGACAUAUCACGAGAUAUGACAUGAAUAGGAUAUGGUCCAAGUUGAAACUGAACCGCAAUAUUCAAUUAGUGCAAGUUGGAGUGUAGCGGCGUGGACAUCAAGUUCUGUUAAAAAGGUAAUUUUUUAAGUAGAAUUUGUUUACAAUAAAAAUGAGAAAAAGUAUAGUAGGUAAAAAGAGAUUACAACAACUUGCAAAAAAAGAAACUAACGAAAUAUCUGUUGGUAUAACUUAUCAAUCAAGUAGUCAGUUACACGAACCAGAUCAGUUAAUAAAUAGUUUGUCCGAGGAGGGAAUUGAUAAUCACGAGGAAAGUUAUAUUAAUUCCACAAGUUCUAGUGACAAUUCCAUCCAAUUUUCAGAUUGUGAUGAUGAAAGUGAUUAUAAAAAUUGUGAAAAAGUGACCUCAUCCUCUACUGAAACCCUAGAAAGCAUAAAAUCUUGGGCCUUUGACUACUCAAUUAAUCACAGUCAGUUAACUGGACUUCUAAAAAUCCUAGGUACCCAUGAUUGUUUUAAAACCUUUCCGUCAGACAGCAGAACUCUUAUCAAGCCCGUGAAGUUUAACGCCCCUACAGAAACAGUUGUCCCUGGAGAAUAUGUGCAUUUUGGAUUGAAGACAUAUACUCAGCAGGUCACAAAGCUACACCCGACAUUAAAUUCAAUCCCCCUUCAAAUCAAUAUUGAUGGUCUUCAAGUUUUCAAAAGCUGUUCAUUAUCAUUUUGGCCAAUACUGGGAUAUUUUGGUGGAUUAAAUUUCAAUCCAUUUGUGAUUGGAGUUUAUAGUGGAAAUAAGAAACCAGAGAAUGUCAACUUAUACCUUCAAAAAUUAGUUGCGGAUGUCAAUGCAGAACAAAUUACAACAAAAGACAAAUUUAAAAUACAGUGUUUUGUUUGCGACGCGCCGGCAAAGUCGUUUGUGAAGGCAAUUAAAGGGCAUAAUGGCUACCAUGGUUGUGAUAAGUGCUGCGCGGUUGGAAGGAGUAUAAAUCGGCGUAUGAGUUUUUUCGAAAUUAACAAAGAACUGAGAACUGAUUUACAAUUUCGCCAACAAAAUGACGAAGACCAUCAUAUUGGAACAACGGAAUUGACGAAGAUAGAUGGAUUGCACAUGAUUAAUUCAUUCCCUAUCGACUACAUGCACUUAGUCUGUUUAGGGGUAGUCAAAAAACUUUUGAAACUGUGGAUAAAGGGUAAACCAAAGCAUCAAAAAUUGUCAGCUUUCCAGAUAUCUCAAAUUUCAGCAAGAUUAAAAGUAUUCAAAAAAUUUACUUCAUCUGAAUUUUCCCGUCAACCACGAUCAUUAGAAGAAGUUGACAAAUGGAAGGCAACGGAACUGAGAUACUUUUUACUUUAUUGUGGCCCUGUGGUAUUGAAAAAUAUUAUAACUGACGAAAAUUACAAUUUAUUUUUAAGUUUAUCCAUUGCGAUUAGAAUAUUGUGUUCUGAAACAUUACAUAUUUCCCUUAACAAUUAUGCAAAGUCAUUACUAAUUUACUUUGUCCAAGCCUUCAAAAUCCUAUAUGGAGAAGAACAGGUGUCUUACAACAUUCACGGUCUCAUUCAUUUAGCGGAAGACGUGAAAAAUUUUGGUGUGUUGGACAGAUUUAGCACAUUCAAAUUUGAAAAUGAACUUGGACAGUUAAGAAAAUUAGUUAGGACGCCCAAUUUGCCACUGGAGCAACUGAAACAAAGAUUAUUGGAGAGGGAACUAAAAUUGGAGGCGCGAAACAUUCAAAUAAACGGGCCAUCCUCACAGCACAACAAUGGACCACAUCUAGAAGAAUCUAUUGGAAAUUUUACUCAGUAUCACGUAUUAAUUACACCGAAUUAUACAAUUAACUGUAGGCUUCGCCGCGAUACUUUCGUGUUAAUACGUGAAUGCGCAGUGCUUCGGAUUCUUAACAUUCUUCAAGACAAUGAUACCAGUGAGAUUUAUUUAGUUGGACAUAAGUACAGUAAAUUGGACUCGUUAUUUUCCCAGCCGUGUUCGUCAAAAGUGCUUCAGAUUUAUAGAGCUGACGAAAAUCAUUAUAAACUCUGUCAAAUUCGUGCUUCCGAGGUUGUAUAUAAAUGCCAAGUAUUUCCUAUCUCUGCAGGAGUUAUCGCCGUCUUUCCACUAGUUCACCAGCUUUAAGAUGUUCUACAUUGUUGAAAUGAAGGAGGACGAAAAGAAAUGGGUUGCAGUGGUGCCACAAUCAUAUUUCGACAACCAGACGUGUGCAUGGCCAAAUUCAAAAAAUGCAGCAGUAGUCGUAAAAUCCGGCCGCCCCCCAAAAUCAUCCUUUCCCCGAUAUGCCGCUAGGAUUCUUCAUGCAUAUGCCACAUACGAGGAGGCCCGGAAGAAAAUUGUGCAAGCCGAGUUGACUUCAGAUUUAUCUAGUACCGAGGCGGAUGAUUUACCUCACAAAAGGACUAGAAAACCGCAACGAUUCACAUCUCCUGGAAGCGAUAAUGACGUAGAGGACUCAGAUGACGACAACGUUUUACACGAUUUAAGAGCUUCCGCACAUUCGAAAAUAACCACUGAGGUCGUCAAAACUCACCUUCCGGAAAUGCCUAGUCUUGCACUAGUUGGACAUUGUACCGAUGAUAAAACAUCGGAUUCAUUAGAAAACGCGGACGUCGUACUUGAGAAUGCAGAUGGUGCUAUUCUAGCAAAUUCGUCAUCAUCACAAAUUGUGAUGACGAAUUUGGACGUGGGUGAACUAAACAUGGAUCAGCUCAACUGCGCUUCUGGGUCAAGUAGUCAAAAUCCUUCGAACGUUGUUGGAAAACUAAACCGUUGAGUGCGCCGAAGGUUCUGAAAUUUUACGGCAGAACAUGGAGUGGACAGUAGCUGAAGCCUCACAGCCAUUAUUUGUGACCAAUAUUCCAAAAGCUGAGUGGAGCAAACUUCUUACGGACGUGGCAUUAAUUAAACUUAACUUGGAUAAUAUAAAUAAGAGGCUCACAAAUUUUUGCAAGGAGGAUUUAAAAUCCAAGGAACCGCCAAUAAUUGAAAAACCAUUUGACAAUUUAGCUGAGUUUCUCGCAUUUGACGAGUCACUUAUGCACAAUGAAGGAAGACAACUAAGACUUAAGCGUCACAUUUCUCGUGGAGGUAGCUCAAAAGUCCCGGAAGUCGUUGGCGACAUCCUAAAGAAGCUAUUUACUAACUUUUUAGCUCUUGGGAUUAGCUUUAAAGGGUUAAAGCAAAAUUACAAUUUUUCAUCAACAACGUGCUGGACUGUCAUGUCAGAUUACAUAGGUGAAGCCAAACCGGAAAUUUCAGAGAAAGAAUUGGCUAAAGCUGUAAUUUCCUGGUUCCAGCACGCAGGUGACCGACUGAAGGCUGAGCAAACUACUAAAAAAUCCAAUACUAAAUAAUUUUUUAGCUUAAAAUCAUUAAUGCGUGUACUGUUUGUAGAAUGUUAAGUAAAUAAAUAAAUUUUGAAGAAAAUAAUA